ACAUUUAGGAGAAACAUCAGUGUCCAGCUCCCACCCUCCAAGGGAGUCCAGGAGUGGGGCUGUGUCAGGGGCAUGGAUGCUAUCCCCCAGGGGUCUCUGCUGCCGGCUACACUCCUCUCCACGUGCUUUCCUUUAGGAUCACUGCCGCCGCCAAGGCGCCGAAGGUGGGGCCCCGCGUGGCUGCAGCCCGGGCCCCCAGAGCGCCCCCGGCGCCCGUGGCUUUCGCCUUGACGCAGCCGCCAUGGCGCAGGAGAACGCGGCCUUCUCACCCGGGCCGGAGGAACCGCCGCGCCGCCGCGGCCGGCAGCGCUACGUGGAGAAGGAUGGCCGCUGCAACGUGCAGCAGGGCAACGUGCGCGAGACAUACCGCUACCUGACCGACCUCUUCACCACGCUCGUGGACCUGCAGUGGCGCCUCAGCCUGCUCUUUUUCGUGCUCGCCUACGCGCUCACCUGGCUCUUCUUCGGCGCCAUCUGGUGGCUAAUCGCCUACGGUCGCGGCGACCUGGAGCACCUAGAGGACACAGCAUGGACACCUUGCGUCAACAACCUCAACGGCUUCGUGGCGGCCUUCCUCUUCUCCAUCGAGACGGAGACCACCAUCGGCUACGGGCACCGUGUCAUCACCGACCAGUGCCCCGAGGGCAUCGUGUUGUUGCUGCUGCAAGCCAUCCUGGGCUCCAUGGUGAACGCUUUCAUGGUGGGCUGCAUGUUUGUCAAGAUCUCGCAGCCCAACAAGCGCGCCGCCACGCUGGUCUUCUCUUCGCACGCAGUGGUGUCACUGCGCGACGGGCGCCUCUGCCUCAUGUUUCGCGUGGGCGACCUGCGUUCCUCGCACAUAGUCGAGGCCUCCAUCCGCGCCAAGCUUAUCCGCUCACGGCAGACGCUGGAAGGCGAAUUCAUCCCGCUGCACCAGACCGACCUCAGCGUGGGCUUCGACACGGGCGACGACCGCCUCUUCCUCGUCUCGCCGCUAGUCAUCAGCCACGAGAUCGACGCCGCCAGCCCCUUUUGGGAGGCUUCGCGCCGCGCCCUUGAGAGGGACGAUUUCGAGAUCGUUGUUAUCCUCGAGGGCAUGGUGGAAGCCACGGGAAUGACAUGCCAAGCUCGGAGCUCCUACCUGGUGGAUGAGGUGCUAUGGGGUCACCGCUUCACAUCAGUACUGACCCUGGAGGACGGCUUCUACGAGGUGGACUAUGCCAGCUUCCAUGAGACCUUUGAGGUGCCCACACCUUCAUGCAGUGCCCGGGAGCUGGCCGAGGCCGCAGCCCGCCUUGAUGCCCACCUCUACUGGUCGAUCCCCAGCCGGCUGGAUGAGAAGGUGGAGGAGGAGGGCUCAGGAGAGGGGUCAGGUGGGGGUACAGGGGCUGACAAGGAGCAAAAUGGCUGCCUGCCACCCCCGGAGAGUGAGUCCAAGAUGUGA